AUGAUCUCGCCCGAAGAGCUCAGGAGAAAACUCUCCUCGUCACAGUUUUUCAAGGACAUUCAAUCGAAGACGAAGACGAACAUUCUUGCCUGCAACAGAGGCAUUCUUUACGGCGUUUCUGAUGAACAAGAGACAGUUGUUUCACUGUCUCUCAAUAAUCGACAGACAUUAUCCAAGAUUUGCGAUAUUCCGCUGCAUGGAAUUACGAACCUGACAUUUUCAGAGGAUGGAUCGCUGCUGAUGUGGAGCAGUACUGGAGUGUCAGCAAUCAACUACCCAGUCAGGCCAGAAACUCAGCCCGUAACGAUCCAAGAACGGCUAGGAUCAGAGUACAUUCUUCAAGCAAAGUGGGACGGCCAAAGAAUUAUUGUCCUCAAAUCCAACAACGAAGUCUUGUUAUACGACGACCCAAAACAACGACCUGUCAUAAUGCCCAAUAUUUCAGUAAGAGACAAAUUAACGGACAUAGUAGCGCUUGGAGAACAAGAAAUCCUGACCGUGUCUUCAAACGGCUUCGUGAGAAUCAACGACGAUAUCGUUUGCAAUGUAGAAUUGGCUGGUGACAUCCAGUUGCAACAAAUCCAGGAGGACAUUUUCGUCGCCGCCACAGCCGAGAUGGCUGUGCACUUUUUGUUUAUCGAAGAAGAAGCGAUUGUAGUGGAGAAAGUCGAACUGGCUGUUUCCGACUCAUUCGACGACCAAAUACAUGUCCUCUCGGAUGCGUCUUGCAAUUCGAGAUAUUUCAUCUUUAGCCAAACCGGCUUGAACUGUAUCUCGCUCAAUUGGGUGGAUGAAAUGCGCGAAAGCGGGCGCAUUCCGGAUUCUAGUCCUUCCACAAUUGAAGUUCUCGUCACAACUGCGAACGAAAGAGGAGCCAGGAUCACUGGGUCCGCUCUCUGUCUUGACAGAGCUCCCAAUUCAGUAAGCUUCGACGGACCAAUCUGCUGUUCUUCAAUGUCUAAUGGAUCUGCCUUUUUCAUACCCCUACUCUCACUGCCAAGCGCACUAUGCGUUGCCAAAUCUGACCCAUCGAGAAAACCGCCAAAAAUACCAGAGAGCAUAAUCGACAAACUGAAACUCGUCCUUUCAAAGCCUCCAACUUAUUUAUUACCAGCGAAUGGAGCCUCUCUCUCUACACAGGAACAAAUCAAAAUCGUUGCAAAAGUGAUCGCAGAAAUGAAGACAGAACAUUUGGCUCGUGGAAAGGCUGCGAGAGAAGCGAUUAACCAACAUGUAGCUGUGCUGAAGAAAGAUUACACGGAGCAAAAGAACUCUUUGAGCAAUAUCGAAGCACUGAAGAAAGACGUUAGAUCAUCAGCAGAGCGAAUAGGUGAGCGAGUAGAAACAAUCAUCGACAAGCAAAACGAGCUGGAAGAGCGUUUGAUGAACGUGAUGGUUCAACUGGGACAAGGAAGAAUGACUGAAGCGGAAAAAGAAGCCGCGAAAGAACUGCGCGAAUCGGAGCGGCAAUUGCAAGUCCAUAAACAGACCAUCAGUCGACUGAAGAAGAUGUCAAAUAAGCUUCCUCUUCCGGAAGAGGAGACGGAAAAGAGCAGUGCUGCUUCGGGAAGUCUGCUGAUGCGGCCACUGACCGAUACAUCGGAAAAAAUCAACGACCUGGUCCGAGAAAUUAAGUCCCUGAAGCUUGAAUUUUCAAACAUGGGAAAGAAUAAUGGAAAAAGAAAGAUGAACUACAAGCAAGUUUAUGGGGGCACAGAUCCGCAAGACAUUAAAAGAUGCAAGUAUUCUGGCAAUUCUGUUGACCCAAAAGACACUACCCAUGGUUUUCUCAUGUCCUACCGCCGAAAAUGUCUGAAACAAUGCCACCGAGAGGCAUUUUCCAUCGCCAAAUACUUCACCAAUCAGGUUUAUCCUCAACUCGUCGACCAGAAUGGAGACCGAGUGGUAGAAUGUACGCCAGUUGAUGAUAAUGAAACUGAAGAGGAACACGUUGAUAUUGAGAAGCAACUACUUGCCGAGUCUCAAGCUAAUUCGGAGGAUAAAAACGAUCGGUUCAUGGAUAUUCGCCAUGAAAAGCUAGAAUCCAAAAGCAUCUUGAAUACGAUGUGGGAGACGAUUCUGGCAGAGAAGGUGCCGGAUAAUUUUCGUGUUCCCUCACAUCUGGAGCGUCUUCUACCGAUUCAACGAGUUUGCACUGCCACAAAAGAAAUCAUGACCGAGACGAUCAAGGACGUUCUCGAGAAAGAAAUGCCCGCUGAUGUGAAAGAUUAUCAUGUGAUGACGAGAGCGAGAUUUCAUUCAAGCCUCGAUAGCCAGGCAGUCAAAACGAUGGUGAUUGGAGUCGUCAAGGAAGCUCGACCAGACAUGACCAUCGACUGGAAGAAAACUGAUGAUGUUAUUUUUGUCGAAGUCUUGAAGAAAAACUGCUACAUUGGCAUUUUCAAAGAUUGGCUCCCACGGCAAAAGUACAACUGGCAAGAGUAUCACAAGCGCAAAACUGGAGCGAUCUCGACAAUUCCGAAAGUUGCAGAAAACAACGAGGAAAAACAAGAAAAAGAGUCGAAGGAACAUGCAGAAGUCGGAUCAAUCCAAAAGGAAGGCGAGAAGGUGGAAUCAGUCUCUGAGUCUCAAGAAACCGAGAAACAAGAGGAAAAUAUCGAAGAUAAGAACGCUAUUCCUAAAGAGGAUCCUGAAAAACCCAACUCUGAAGCUCAGAAAUAG